CAAUAGCACACUAGUUGAACCCAUUUUCUGUACAACAUACGCCAAAUUUGAUUUCAUUUUAUUUCAUUAUUCAUUAUUUUUAGCCUCCACUGCUUAGACUCCAGCCGAAAUUCAAAAAUAAAACUCAGUACUCUUGACACUUGGCUGCUGUGCACGUCUGGCAACAGCAACAACAACAACAACGGCAACGGAACGACAACAGCGACGCACUCAAAACGGGCUACGCGCACCUGCGAUGCCUGCGAACUACAACUAAACUGAACUGACGCUGCCAACGUCGCUUGCUAACGGCUUAGGCCUCAUUCAUGCAAGCUGAGAGCUGAGACUCUAUGGCUGCGUCGGUGACGGUGACUGCGACCGCGACAGAGUCAGCGAUGUCUGCGCUCUUCACUCUCCAUGCAGCAAAAACUUUCGUCCGCUAGAGGCUGUGAAGGAUGACGGUAUAUUGAUGUACAUGGUCAUGAUCAUUAAGGACAUUUCGCAGCCUCUGAAGCUAUCGCUAAUUAACAAAAAAUCUGCUGCCAAGCAUCUGUCGCACGUCAUAUUACUUGUCCGGGAUUCCACGAAACUUUCGUUGGGUUGGAUGCGAGCCAGCUUUCGGCAAUUCUGGACCAUUUGGUUACUGAAUAUUGUGAUCAUAUUUUGGCGCAAUGAUCGUCUGCAUGUGUAUCGCUAUAAUCCCUUUACGAACGACUUUCUGUUGCAGCUGCCCUUGAAGCGGGGCGAACUACCCACAAUGGGGCAACUGUUUCCCACAGCGAUACCAAAUAUGCAUCGGAAACCAUUGCGAAUGUGUCUCUACAUGGAUGAGGUACGAGCCGUCUAUGGUCCGAAUGGCCAAGUUAUGGGCACUGAUGGUCUGCUCUCCGAUUAUAUUGCGGAACGUUUAAAUGCCACUCGAAUCAUCACGCGACCGAUAACAUACUCAAUGCACAAUCAGACAGCUGACUUGUGUGCUGUAGAGAUUGCCAAUGAGUUCGAUGACAUCGCCAUGAACAUUCGAUUUCUUGCCCCGGGCACCUUUCAGAAGAGUGCCGAGUGGACAGUUGCCCACAGCCGCGAUGAUCUGUGCGUGAUUGUGCCCAAAGCCAAGUCAGAGCCAAUCUUCUGGAACAUAUUUCGUUCGUUUGGUGCUCUGGUUUGGUUAUCGAUACUGAUCUCUAUGAUUCUGGCGAAUGUCUGCUGCUAUGCUCUCAACCAGGAACGCGAUAGAUGGCUGCCACUGCAGCUCUUCUGCUGCAUCUUGUCGCAGCCCGUGUGGCACACGCCGCGCAAUAUUUCGCUACGUGUCUUUCUCGUCUUUUGGCUGUACUUCGCCAUGCUCAUCUGCAAUGCAUUCAAGUGCAAUCUGACCAGUAUGUUGGUCUAUCGCAAGCCGCUGCCGGAUAUCAAUGAUCUUGGUUCGCUGGCUGCUUCGCCGUAUAAGAUACUCGUGCGUCCGGUUCACAUGAAGCAUAUUAAGCAGUUCCUGAAUAAUGGUCACCAGUAUGAAGCUCAGAUUUGGAAGCUUAUGGUUGUGGUGCCCGAUCGGUUACUUCUCAACAAUUUAAAUCGCAACGUACGCUCAUUUGCCUAUCUGGAGAAGUAUCACAUCGCCAAGUUUCAGGUGAAUGCCCGACAACAUAUGCACACGGGACGUCCCGUGUUUCAUCUGAUGAACAGUUGCCUGGUGCCAUAUCAUGCUGUCUAUACUGUGCCAUAUGGAUCACCCUAUUUGGGAUUCUUCAACAAACUCUUGCGCAGUGCCUAUGAAUUUGGAUUUGAGCGUUAUUGGGAUCGCAUCAUGAAUUCAGCAUUCAUUAAGUCCGGAACGAAAGUACAUCGCAGUCGACGGAGCAACAACGGCGAUGAUCCGGUCGUACUUAAACUGGAACACUAUCACGCCGUGUUCUUUCUUUGGGCCAUUGGCGCUCUGUUGUCGUUUUUGGGGUUCUUAUGGGAGUUGCUAGCUCGAAACUAG